CUUACAAAGAAAAAAAAAAUCUGGAAUUUGCAAAUGUUUGGUUCUUCGGUUCGGCUUCUCUAUAUAAGGACCAAUCGUCUUGGUCGAAUUUCAAAAUCAUCUUCUUCUCUGUUUUCAUCGAAGCGAUUACUGUUCGAAUCUUCUGACAAGCCCCUUUUGAGCGUUCCCCGAAUUUGUUCUCCGCUCUCGUUCCCGUCGAUUGGAGCUAGGGUUUCUGGGUCUGUGUUGUCUUGUUCUAGAUUGGAGCAUACGAUGGCUGCCACUUCCGAGCCGAAAUCCGUCCAUGAUUUCACCGUCAAGGAUGCGAAGGGAAAUGACGUUGAUCUGAGCAUCUACAAGGGGAAGACCCUCAUGAUUGUGAACGUUGCUUCGCAGUGUGGCUUGACCAAUUCGAAUUACACGGAGCUCGCACAGCUUUACGAGAAGUACAAAGGCCAUGGAUUUGAGAUUCUUGCCUUCCCCUGCAACCAGUUUGGUAACCAAGAACCAGGAAGCAAUGAAGAAAUCCUUCAAUUCGCCUGUACCCGGUUCAAGGCUGAGUACCCUAUAUUUGAUAAGGUGGAUGUGAACGGUCAAACUGCUGCACCCAUCUACAAGUUCUUGAAAUCGAGCAAAGGCGGUUUGUUUGGGGACGGCAUCAAGUGGAACUUCGCCAAGUUCUUGGUCGACAAAGAUGGAAAAGUCGUCGACCGUUAUGCUCCUACCACGUCUCCUCUUAGCAUCGAGAAGGACAUCAAGAAACUGCUUGGAGUUUCUGCUUGAGCUCUCCUUUCAUGGUAUUAUAGCCGAUGAUCCAAAGUGGCCAAUAAACAGCUGAUCUACCAUAUGUAGUAGUAGUAGGCCUUUGUGUGUAAGGAUGGUACACAUACGUACUUUGUCCGUAUUUUGUACGGGUAUACAUAUUAUGUACCUCGUUGUACUGGCAUUGCAUUUCGAACUUUCAGUGAAGGGAUGUUUAUUAUCUUGUA